UAUAAAUGCAGGAAGAGCUACCGAUUUCGAAACUACCAGGCUUCAGCUACUUCCAGUUAACAGAGGGGAAGUCACUUUAAAAAAGAAGAUACCUGUAAUGAGAAAGUUCGACCACAAGAUGGGGCUGUUUUUACAAACAAUAUCUCAAACAUACCCUGCUUUACGCUUUUUAAAGACGGUGAUUACUCGCUUUUUCAACCAGGUGCAGUUUGAGGACGACAAAAAGGUGACGAUCGUCAAUAAGUACGAUUUCUUCCUCCACGUCUUUGACGAGCUGAUGGACCCACUGUCCAACUUGGUGGUGUACAACGAGGGACACACGCUGGCCUGGUUCCCCGCCAAGCCCGAGGCGACGGAGAAGACGUACUUCCUGUUCGGGGUUCUGUGCGGCAUGGCUCUGUACAACUGCAACGUGGUGCACCUGCCCUUCCCACUGGUGUUCUUCAAGAAGCUGCUCGGCGUCAAAGCGACACUGGACGACUUGAAGGAGUUUGAACCCACGGCUGGAGAGUACGGGGGAAAAAAAAUCCAUAAGAUAGCCACACCGUUUUACAAGCCGCAGGGUGUAAAGCACGGGUAUCACUUUGUGGCCGCCUUUGUCGACCACGUCUUCAACAAGUCGGUGGAGGGCGUCUUCAAGGUGUUCAAGCAAGGCUUCCUCAAGGUGUGCGCUGCUGAGGUGCUGGACUUCUUCCUGCCGGAGGAACUGCAAGCGGUGAUGGUGGGAAAUGAAGAGUACGACUGGGAACUCUUUGAGCAGAACACGGUGUAUUCCGGAGAGUACCACGCCCAGCACCGCAACAUCCUCACCUUCUGGCAGGUGUUCCACAAGCUCCGCCAGGAAGAGAAAAAGAAGUUCCUUUUGUUCCUCACAGGCUCCACCCGCGUGCCAGUGAUGGGCAUGGCCAGCAUCCGGAUGACGGUGGCCAUCUUGCCCAACUCCACCGACCUCCAUUACCCAGAAGCCCUCACCUGCCAUUACACUCUCUUACUGCCGCUGUACCCGCGCUAUCCCAUGGGGAGGCAGAUGCACAACCGGCUGGUUCAAGCCAUCAAUCACAGUCGUGGUUUCAGCAAGACCUACACGCACCAAGCUGAGUGACGUUCACUCCAUACUUGCCAACCUUGAGACCUCCGAUUUCGGGAGGUGGGGGUCGG